UCAUCAGACGACGUGGACAAUUUGCGCCAGCAAGCGCGUGAAGCACUGCUGGAGGGAGCAAAGUCCGGCAAACUGUUCGAGGUUUUAUCUGCGGAAAGUGACCAGACUGAGCAAUCAGCAUCGCAGCCAGCCAACAAGCCGUCUGCAGAGGACGACAUGGACGACUUGCGCAGGCAGGCCCGUGAAGCCCUUCUGCUUGGUGCACAGUCUGGAAAGCUAAUGGAAUUGCUUGCCAAGAACAGCGAGCAGAAAGCAGCGAGCAAGAGGGGCAGCGGGACCGGAAGCACGAAUCCGGAUGAACUGGAAUUGCUUCGGCAGCAAGCACGAGAGGCCCUAAUCCAGGGCGCCCAGAGCGGAAGGCUGCUAGAGGUCCUGGCGAAGCCGGAUGAGGCAGACGAGAUGUUCCAGCUCAAGAAGAAGUUAUGCGAGGCAAUUGCAGGAAGCAUGGAGACGGGAGAGCUGACAGAAGCUUUGAGGGAAGCUCGCGACUUGCGGACACAAGAGAUCGGUGACGCCUUGCGGGAUGGCGCCGAAUCUGGAAAGAUCCUUGAGAUUCUUGCAGAGAAGGCGGCGGGAACGGGUGGAGAGGAUGCGAAGCCGUUGGAAACGACGCAGAAGCCUGAGGAGGUUACCCAGAAGCUCUUGGAGACCUCAGAGGCGCCAAAGGCGACCCCCGAGGUGGAGAGGGCGACAGCGGUGGACUUGGCUCUCCAGCUAAAGCUUCUGCAGGACCAGAAGAGGACGCUGAGCAUUCGUUUCUGCAGUCCGUUCUCAGCGGCGCUUUACUUGUAUCCCAUGCCUCGGAGAUGA